AUGACCGACGCGCCGCGCGGCGUCGAGGUGGACUUGCUGGUGGAGGGCGUGCCCCUCCCAAAGCACCGCGACACCAGCGGGGAGAACCGAACGUACGUCAUUGCUUCCCCUGAUCGGGAAUACACCAUCCAGGUGCGGAGCUCCGAGAUCGACUGUCUGGCGACUGCCUGCGUGGAGGGGCACCGCGUUCUAUGUCGAAGCGAGAGCUUCCUGCCAGUCUGGAAGGGGAAAAGUCGCAGCUUCUGCGGCUUUGAAACGGAGCGGGCGCUGCGACCGGUGGAACACGGGACCGACCUGGAGCAGAGUACCACCCACAGGCCCUUCGUCUUCACUGUCCCCGAGGGCCGGGAAGAUGUGGAGGCCACCGCGAUGCGGUGUGUCGAGGUGCAGCUCUUUGCAGUUGAGAAGGAUCUCGUCCCCUGGCGCGGAGCGCGUGCAGGGUGCGUGCACAGCCGCGUGGAGGAGCCUCAGAGGCCAAUCCUGGCAAGCCACGAGCGGAAGAACUACUACGUCUGCGGCGAGGAGCCGAUUGCCACAAGGCCUGGUGAUCCCGUGACUUCCACCCGGCGCUUGGGCAGCGGGUACCGGUGGGUCGGAGACCGAAAGAUGCGUGAACGGGUGAAGCAGGGCCCGCCCUUGGGUCGUAUCGUGAUCCACUACGUGGGCCGCGACCAGGCGAAUCGCUUGAGGGCGCUGCCGUCGCAGCCCAGGGCUUUGGCAGCUCCCCCUUGGGCCGGCGCAUUCGGCGCGGCGCCAGCUGCGGACCCCUCCCGGCCGCGAGUCGUGGUGGACGCUCCCAAUGUGGCGCGCUACUUCGCCGCGGCCACCAGCGCUGGCAGGCAGAGGCCGGCAGACGUGGAUGCCCUGGUCUUGGAAGGCGAGGCGCCCGACGCUCUGCUGGUCCUGGUUUUCAGUUCCCCGGUUAGUUGGGAAGAGUUGUUCCCUUAUGCCCCGCCUCUCCUCGUCGGCGGGGCUCGGCGCGCGCAGCUGGGCUAG